AUGGGUUCGACGCACGAGAUCUCCGAGUCCGGCAAUAAGCCCAUGGAGGAGAAUGAGAAAGUCGAUCUCUCCAGCCCUCCUCAGUACGAGGGGGUCGCUGUUGGUGAGAUGAAGUUGACAGACGAAGAAAGGCACAUCUACGAAAGUGGUGUCCAAAAAUUCAGCCGUCUAGGCUGGAAGCGCCUGACGGUUGUCCUCAUCGUGGAGGCUGUUGCUCUGGGCAGUUUAUCCAUUCCUUCCUCAUUCGCGACACUGGGUAUGGUCGCCGGCGUGAUCUGCUGCGUCGGCCUCGGUCUCAUAGCCAUCUACACCAGCCACGUUAUCGGUCAAGUCAAAUUGAAGUAUCCCCAUAUCGCGCACUACCCUGAUGCGGGUCGACUUAUAAUGGGUCGUUUCGGUUAUAUCCUCGUCUACAUCAUGCUUGGUCUCGAACUCCUUUUUCUUACCGGUUCACACGCCCUUACCGGUACGAUUGCAUUUGUCACAAUUAGCGAAAGCAACGUCUGCUCUGUUGUUUUUGGAGUCGUUUCAGCAAUCAUCCUCCUGCUCCUUGCUGUGCCUCCCAGCUUUACGGAAAUGGCCAUCCUAGGCUACAUCGAUUUUGUGUCCAUUAUCGCCGCUAUUGGAAUAACCAUCAUCGGGACUGGCAUCAGUGCCACCAGCUCCCCGGGAGGUCUAUCGAGUGUCAAUUGGUCCGCUUGGCCCAAGGACGACAUCACAUUCAGCGACGCCUUCAUUGCUCUUUCCAACAUUAUCUUCGCUUACAGCUUUGCGCUCUGCCAGUUUUCCUUCAUGGACGAAAUGCAUACUCCCAAGGACUACAUCAAGUCCAUCUGGGCUCUGGGUAUCACCGAAAUCACCAUCUACACCCUCACCGGUGCCCUGAUUUAUGCGUUCGUUGGCCAGGACGUGAGAAGCCCUGCUCUGCUGUCGGCCGGUCAUACGUUGAGUCGAGUCGCUUUUGGCAUCGCUCUGCCUGUUAUUUUCAUCUCUGGUUCCAUCAACACCGUUGUAUUGGGCCGUAUGAUUCAUGGUCGGAUCUAUCGGGAUUCGCCCAUCCGAUUCAUUAACACCAAGAUGGGCUGGUUCACCUGGUUGGUGGUGAUCACUGUCGCUACUAUCCUUGCGUUUGUCAUUGCCGAAAUCAUCCCCUUUUUCUCGGACCUGUUGUCCAUCUGCUCUGCUCUCUUCGUCUCCGGCUUCACUUUCUACUUUCCCGCUGUGAUGUGGUUCAUGCUUAUCCGCGAGGGCGACUGGACGAGCCCGAAGAAUCUGGGACUGGGUGCGCUCAACUUGCUCUGCUUCCUUAUUGGUAUCAUCACACUGGGUGCGGGUACUUAUGCCAGUGUUAAUGACAUUAUUCUCAAUUACCAACAUGUUUUUCCCUUUACGGUUAUGAUGUGUGGAGCGGGUAGACUUGCGAGCCUGUUCAAGGCGUUUGAAGCAUCCGGUGUUGUCAGUGAUAUUCAGCGCCCACCAUCAAUGAUUUUACAUUUGUAG